AAAUAAUCCCCGUGACAGUUGAAAAUGUAAUUCGCUGGAUUAGCUUUAGUGAUAGGUGGAAUGUGCUUGGAGCCGCUACUGUGUUACGCAUUCUGUAUAAUGCCUUGAAUAUCGUCAGAAUUAAUGAAUAUUAAUUAAUAGAAUUUAAUUCGUGGAUUAGGUAGGUGGGGACGCACUGAUUGUUGUGAAAAAUCACAGCCUGGGGAGUAUUUUAAGCUGUGAAAAAGGGGAAAAAUUUGUCAUGUUCUCGUGCACUACAAUAAAUUGCGGGGGGAGAUGUGGCAACACUGCUAAAUCCCAUAGCAGUGCUUGGUCGUUCCUGUGGUGUUCAGUACGCCUGUUUCACGGGCAUACACUGCAUUUUUGUCAUAUAAAUAAAAUUCCAUCGAAUCUGAGACGAAGUUUUGAGUUUGGAAAAUUAUGUGAACACAUCGGGAUCCGCUGGGUGCUCUAUUUAUUCGAUUAUCCCGAUCCAGAAGUUAUUUUUCGUGGACGAUUGCUCAGGAAUCCACGGAGGGAUUCUCAUCCUCUGGAGUGAGAUGAUUGCAGUGUGACAAGUUUGUGGUGAUGGAAUAUUGACAUUUUUGGUGGAAUUGGAUCGUUCGGGGGCUGGUGUUCGAGGGCUCGAGGUUUUUGGGGUCGUUGAAAAUUUGGGGGAUGAAUUUUUUUGAAAAAAUAGAAGACUCAUACUAUCGUAUGUGAUACACACACAGAUCUGCAUCGGUUGGGUACACGGACGCAGGCGGACAUAAGUUGUAGUCCAAGUUGGUGAACUUAUGAUGUAUGGGAGAGUUUGAAGUUAAUAAAAUGUGAUGAUGGGAAUUGUGGGGCACUGUGGAAUGAGAGUGGUAUCGAUGGUUUUUCGUGGAUUUAUUGGAUCCUCGUGAUUGUGAAGAUUUCCCUCCAAAAAUUGAAAGCAAGAUGUUCCCCUGCCACGGUUGACCGCCUAGACCCGCUCUACCUCCAAAAAAAAUGGACGAGCCAGCGAAGAAAAAGCAACGGAUGGUGAACGGUGAGGACUACGAUGUAGACGACGAAUUCAUAACCGACAUGGAGCGUUUCCAAAAGUCGUUGCUGAAUCAGUGCCUGUGUGGAGUGCCAGAGAGUUCCCUCCGGAAGCCCUUCUCCACGAACAUCUGGAUGAGCCAAACGAGAACGUCAUCCUCACGUGGCCACGAGGAUCGUCGCAAUUGCACAUCGACAGGGCCUUCCUCCCUCUCCGAAUGGAACCCAGACAGAACCCUUGAGUUCAUAAGUGGCCUACAACUACUAUUCGACCUGGCGUUGAAGCAGAAUUACCGAGGAUUGAUGUGCAGUCGAGUGGCAGACGUUUGCGAGGCCCUAACUCGAAACGAGCACGGAAUAAUCGAUCAGCUUAUCGAUCUCUCGUGCACAACAAAUAAAUUCGUCUCGUACACAGCUAGCAGAGCCCUUGCUUCCUUCUUCAUAAUAACAAAAGAGAAUACAGAAGAGGCAUGGCUGGACAGACUGGCGCAGUCCCUGGUGAAUACCCACUCCCCAAGCCAGAUGCUCUUCACCCUUGAUGUGGUAAAACGAGUUGUCGAGCACAAGGACUGUGGAAUCCAUCCCCUGGAGGAAGAAGGGGCCUCAGUGCCUCCACCAAACUGCAACACAGUAGUUGUUUCUGAUCCAGAGAGUCUCGAUAGCACUCCAGUCAAAGCAAUGUGUGUAAAAGCCCUGGAGUCGAGGUGGACAGUUUUAGUUGCUAAAUUUGAUGCUAUCCUUGGCUCCUACACACCCCAGCACGAGUCAGCAGUCAUAACAUUCCUCGAUCUCUGGGAAUCGAUAAUAUCGGUGAAGGCAAAUCUAUCGGUGAUAGACACUAAGUUAUUUUACUCACACGUUGAUAAUCUCGUGUUUCUGCUCAAUGGUAAUGUUCCUGGAAUCGUGUGGAGGCAUAUACUGGGGCUUUUUAAUGAAGUUUUGUGUUAUGGGAGUACAUUAGCACUUCAGGACGUUCUGCCUGAUGAGCCCUGCAGGCUGGCACACGUUAUCGUCAGGGCUGUCAAGGACAAUAGUCUUCUCGAUGGAUUGCCAUAUCGACAUGGUGCUGGAAGAUUUGGGGGUGGCACUGGCGAUGGGGAUCGUCCACUUCUACAGAAGCUCGUGCUACUUGUACUUAAAAGUGUUGCUGUUACUGUUAAGGAGACAAGGACUGACUCCAGUGACUCAUCUCUUGGAUCCGAAGCUGAGGAUCUUGAUGCUGACAUGAGGGUCAUUGAGAGGAGCAUCAGAACUGUUCUCAGGCAGUUGGAUAAUUGUGUCAAGACUCUCAUGCCUUUUCAUCCUGAGAUGCCACUGUCUCAGUGGGUUGUCCAGAUGUUUCAUGAUCAGGAUGAUUUUCUUAUCGAGGGAAUGGUUUGCUGUCUCGAUGUUGCUGUAGGUCUUUUCUAUAGGGGACCACCUCAGAAUGAAUUGGCUCACACUCUCAGCCCCAGUCUCACAUUUGUACAGUUUGUUAGAGCUGUCUCACAUGAUCCUGAUGUACUCCUUGAUCUUCUCGUUAGCAAUGAAACUUGUUUCCUGCUUUAUCUGCUGAGGUUCCUCAAGUAUGUCAGAAGGAAUUGGAACGAGUUCGUCAUGUGUUGCGGCCGGGAGCUCGAUGACACCAUGACUGUUCUCAUUAGACUCAGAUUAGCAAUAGAUAGACUGGUAUCUAAAGCACUUUUUCCGUAUAAUAUUAAUCCUGUUUUAAGAUUACUUGAGAAGUGCGAAGCCUUCUACGAGGGGAAUGUUGAUAAUUAAGGGGUUUUCGGUCGGCAAGUAGACAAUUUGGGAGGGUUUUUUUUUUUAAUUUGCAAGGUGGACGGUAUUUAAUCCUGAGAAAUAAUUGAUUUUAUUUUCAAUCGUGGAUUUAUCUUUGACUCUAUCGAUUUCCGCGGAAAAUAUCGAUUUUUGUCGUUGUGUAUUUUGAAUUCAAGGAUGAUGACGCAAUUUUACGAUUUCUUUUCGUGGACUGGAAUUAGAUCUACCAAUGAGGCAAUCAUAAUAAUUUCGUUGUUUGUCUUCCUUGAUGAAUCUUCCUUAGAUUCUUAGAUAUUCAUCAAAAACUGUUUUGUUGUAUGGGAGUAAUUAAUCAGGAUUAAGUGACGUUUCAUCUUGAAGUUUAGGGAGUCUUGGAGACAUUGUUGGGCUUAAAAUGAGAACGUUGGACUUCCCAUCACUACUGAUUUCUAAUUUUCGAGCUCUUUGUAACAGUAUUAGCCUUCGAUUUUUUUUUCUAUCAUUAAUAGUUGAAGUAAACUCCAUUAAUUGACUUAUUAUAUUUAUCAGCGAUGUGUUCCGAGUUGGUGGAGCCGACGCUUCGUCCGAUUACUUCAGGAAUUUUGUAAAUUUAGAACAUUAUUUACCAACUUAGGUAAUUAUUUUUAUACCGUAAUUCGAUAUUCCUAAUUUAGGAAAUAAGAUUCGCAAUUUUUUAUAGAAUGCCGACUAAUUCUGAGAAAU